UAGAAAUAAUUUUGGAAUUAUUGAAGAAAAACGCGUUGUUAUUGUCAGUGAAUUAAAUGUCGACGAAAACAGGAAGGCCGUCAUCCCCUCGACGGUUCUUCGCUCGUAUCUAUGGUCAUUUAGAAUCGACGAAAAAAGUGAACGACGAAGUGGAAGAUUCAUCAAAGGAAACGAUAGCGAGAGAAGAAAAUCAAACGCAAGAUCCUGAAAGAUUGAGAAUACCACAAGAGGAUGCAAGAGUAUCCGAAAAGGAUUCUCGAUUGCCAACUUUAGGAAUUCCCUUUUUAUCUCACACAUUUUUUCCUGGUGCCCCUAAUCACACGUUGCACCUGACGCAACUCGCACAUCCUUCUGUACUUCCGCCGCAUCUUCAUGGCUUAACGAAUCAUCCGGCGACGGAUCAUCAUUUACAAGGAUUCUCUGCCUUCCUUGCACGUCGUAGAAGAAAAGAAGGCCGACCAAGAAGACAGAGGACAACAUUUAGCGGGGAACAAACUUUGCGUUUGGAAAUAGAAUAUCGGAGAGGUGAAUACAUAUCAAGAGGUCGAAGAUUCGAACUGGCAGAGUCUUUGAGAUUGACGGAAACACAGAUCAAAAUAUGGUUUCAAAAUCGUCGAGCUAAAGACAAGAGAAUUGAGAAGGCACAACUAGAUCAACAGUAUCGAAACUUCGCAGUUUCCAGUGGCUUCGUUAACUUGCCCAUUUAUGGUAGCGGUAAUUUCUGCAGGCUGUGUCUUUAUAAAGACGCCUUUGGAUCAUCCGCAGGACAUUCAUGUGCAUCCACACACGUUACUGCCAUAAGUUCAUCGAUAGACCAACCUCAAUGCAGCAGCAGUAGUGGAAGCGAAAUGUCUGAUAAUCCUUCUACUGUCACAUCACCAAUUUAAAUAAAAGAUCGAUCCUUCGUUUAGUAUAGAAAGGUCUAAUAUACACGGGGCUUGCUAUAGUUGGGGAACAAUUUAUGCACGAGGUAAACACAACGCGAUAAAACGAUUCAUUCAGAUUUAUCUAUUAUAUUAUCCUCGAGAUUCAAUUUAAACAAUGAUUCAAUAAUCAAUCGCGUUUAUAACUAUAUCAAUUCUAUUAUCGUGUAUGAAAUAUUCGUAAUAUGUAUAAUCUUCGAGGUACAUUUAUUUAAAUAAUCGAUAAACUCGAUCAUUCAACAAACCAAAGAAUACGAACCU